AGUUGACAGCAUCAGCGCGCACCCGAGAGGCGGGGCUGUCUGUGACCCGGUUAGACGUGAAACAAGCCACAGGCUGCAGUCUCCAUCGUUUUCAGGUUGUGGGGAAAGUCUCCGUCUCCCCGUGUGGAAGCCGCAAUGUCUGACUGCAGAAGGCAGUGGAACCGGGAGGAUGAGCUGCCGGUGUACCUGGCGGGGCCGAUCAGCACCGGGCCCAACCAGAGGAAAAGCUUCGGCAUGUUCAGCUCGGUGGAGGGGGCGUUCGAAAGCAAGACCAUAGACUUCGACAACUACGCGGUGGGGAGGAAAGGGAGCCGCACCCCGAGGAGCGGGAGCCGGGAGAGGCUCUUGGACACAGGUGAGCCCGUCGGGAAGACGCCCAGCGAGGGCCGGGAGGGGUCACCGAGCCACCCGCCCGGGGAGAGAGACGACGGACGGCCCGGUGUUGAGACCAGAUGCUCAGCUGGGAAGGAAAGCCCGGAUGGGAAGAGUGAAAGGCUGUUGAUCAAAGGAGGGCGGGUGGUCAACGACGACCAGUCCCUCUAUGCAGACGUCUACAUCGAGGAUGGGCUCAUCAAGCAGGUGGGGGAGAAUCUGGUCGUACCCGGAGGGGUCAAGGUGAUCGAGGCUAAUGGCCGCAUGGUGAUACCAGGGGGGAUAGAUGUCAACACCUGCUUCAUGAAGCCUUUCCUGGGCACACAGCCUGUCGAUGAUUUCCUCCAGGGCACCAAGGCUGCGCUUGCCGGGGGCACCACCAUGAUCAUUGACCAUGUGAGCCCCCAGCCUGGGGACAGUCUUCUGGAGGCGUUCGAGCACUGGCAGGAGGCCGCAGACAAGAAAGCGUGCUGCGAUUACUCCCUCCACGUGGACAUCCCUCAGUGGAACGAGUCCGUUAAAGAUGAGCUGGAGCUGCUGGUGCAGGAGAAAGGUAUCAACUCCUUCCAAGUGUACAUGGCAUAUAAGGACCUGUACCAGAUGUCGGACUCUGAGCUGUACGAGGCUUUCUCCUUCCUGAAGCAGCUGGGUGCUGUGGUGUUAGUUCAUGCUGAAAACGGAGACCUGAUUGCUCAGGAGCAGACAAAAAUCCUUGGAAUGGGAAUCACCGGACCUGAGGGCCAUCCUCUGAGUCGUCCUGAAGAGCUGGAGGCUGAGGCGGUGUUCCGCGCCAUCACCCUUGGCAACCGUGUGAACUGUCCCAUCUACAUCACCAAGGUGAUGAGCAAGAGCGCAGCCGACACCAUCACGCAGGCCCGCAGGAAAGGCUCUCUAGUUUUCGGGGAGGCGAUCACAGCCAGCCUGGCCACUGACGGCUCCCACUACUGGAGCAAGAACUGGGCCAAAGCGGCCGCUUAUGUGACCUCUCCGCCUCUGAGUCCUGACCCUACCACCCCUGACCACCUCCACACACUGCUGGCUUGCGGGGACCUCCAGGUGGUGGGCAGCGCUCACUGCACAUACAGCACCUCCCAGAAAGCAAUCGGUAAAGAUGACUUCACCCUGAUCCCAGAGGGAACCAACGGAGUGGAGGAGAGAAUGGGUUUUGUCUGGGACAAGGCUGUGGCGAUGGGGAAGAUGGAUGAAAACCAGUUUGUGGCAGUCACAUCAACCAACGCUGCGAAAAUCUUCAACCUGUACCCGCGUAAAGGCCGGAUUGCGGUGGGAUCUGACGCUGACAUUGUCAUCUGGGACCCUGACAGCGUCAAGACCAUCAGUGCCAAACUCCAGCAGUCGGCUGGUGAGUACAACAUCUUUGAGGGUCUGGAGUGCCGUGGGGGUCCAGCGCUGGUGUUGAGUCAAGGUCAGGUGGUUUACGAGGAAGGCAAGCUGCAGGUUCAGCAGGGUACCGGUCGAUUUAUUCCCCGCAAGCACUUCCCAGACCUUGCUUACCAGCGCGUUAAGUUCAGGAACCAGGUGAAGGGCAAACAGGGUGUUAUUCGUGGGAUGUAUGAUGGCCCUGUGUAUGAUGUGAUUCCUACACCCAAAUACAUCACACCCUCUCCGUCGGCCAAAACCUCACCCACCUCUCACCAGCCACCACCGAUACGCAACCUUCACCAGUCCAACUUCAGCCUGUCAGGGGCACAGAUCGAUGACAACAUGCCCCGUCGGUCUGGCCACCGCAUUGUAGCACCCCCCGGUGGUCGCUCCAACAUCACCAGCCUUGGUUGAACACUUGACCUGCACAAAGUGUGGUUGUUGCGGGGUUUCACCUCUUGAGUGUGUGUGAGUGUGUGCGUAUGACUGAGAGUGUGAGCACACUGGCAUGAAUGAAUACCUUUGUAUUUUUUUGGUACAUUGGUGAUGCACUCUUUUUUUGACCAUUAUGACUUGCAUCAGUUUGCCUUGGUCACAGAGGAAGAAGCACAUUAAUACUUCCAACUAUAGAAGAAGAGUGUGAUUUACAAUCAACCGAGUCAUUAAAAAGAAAGAUUUGACAGAACUCACAGGCUCACGAUCGGGGCACUCACACACACACAGAGAUCCAGUGUUGGACCCCCCUCCAAGCAUCUAAAUGUGACCCCUGUGUUACGUCAUAAUGUUGUUAUCUCCUUUCCUGUGAGCAUGACCUCCUCCUAAUUCUUCCUCACACCCCACGUCUUACUGUGUGGGUCCGAUGGUGCUCCUUUCCACCCACUCUCUGGUGGACAGCUAAAAAAAAAAUGACAGAUUUCUUCUGCAUCUGCUUUUUAACACCCGGGCAAUAUUUGUUUUAGUGUGGCUCAAGUGGAUCAGUUAUACAUAUUGCAUGGACACGUCUGUAGAUGUUGCACUACUUGUGGUUUAUUGUUACAAUGGAGGAACACAUCAAAAUUGUACUCAAGGCACAUUUGUAUUCAACAGCGCAAACAUAUACUUCCACUGGUAAAUGUAUGCUUUGAACACAUAAUGAUAUUCACUGGGGAUACAGCCAGCUGUUACUAUCUCCAAAACACAUUAAUUCAUUCCAUGAUUACUGUGAACUGCAAUAAAAGCAAUGGUACCGC